UGUUGUAAAGCGCUAGAGUGUCAGUGUGACAACCAGUGUUACUGUAGCAAGAGCUGGGCAAAUAGCGGAGUCCUCAGCUGGCAAGGGACUCGCUUUUACAACUCAGUUUGCAAUAUUAUACAUUUUACAUCUACAACAAGCAAGCAAAACAGCAGCAACUCCAAAAAAAAAGCCAGCUUUGUCUCUCAACCCUCUCCCUCAGCCCCCUCAAGAGGGUCAAGAUGUCGGUUGCCGGCUUGAAGAAGCAAUUCCAUAAAGCCAGUCAGCUGGCACUCAUCACAGUUUGGAAGCACAAGUAGACCUUCAAUAUCCAUCUUAAGGUGCGUUCUGCCUCCAGAGCUUCCAGUUAUGGUUCCAAUAAAGGCCCAGAUUGCUCCUGGGUAAAUUACAGAAUGCUGACCCUGCAUGCACAAACUGGAGAAAAAAACUGAAUACCCUCCACAUUUGAUUAGUGCUGAAUUUGAGCAGUUUGUUAGUGAAAAAAUGGGUGGAGCUGAAGGAACAAAACUAGAUGGAGACUUUGUGGAAAUGGAACGGAAAAUAGAAGCUACAAGCAAAGCUGUGGCAGAGGUUCUGUCUAAAACCACUGAGUACUUGCAGCCGAAUCCGGCCUACAGAGCCAAGUUAGGUAUGCUGAACACAAUGUCAAAGAUCCGAGGACAGGUGAAAACCACAGGUUACCCUCAGCCUGAAGGUCUGUUGGGCGAAUGCAUGCUCCGAAAUGGAAAGGACCUCGGAGACGAUUCCAAUUUUGGCCCUGCGUUGGUCGAUGUUGGCGAAGCUUUGAAACAAAUGGCAGAAGUAAAGGAUUCCCUUGAUAUUGAUGUAAAACAGAACUUUAUUGAUCCAUUACAAAUAUUACAAGACAAAGACUUAAAAGAGAUUGGGCAUCAUUUAAAAAAGUUGGAAGGUCGCCGUUUAGACUAUGAUUACAAAAAGAAGCGCCAUGGUAAGAUCCCUGAUGAAGAGAUAAGACAAGCUGUAGACAAGUUUGAAGAGUCUAAGGAGCUUGCUGAGAUCAGUAUGUUCAACUUUUUGGAAAAUGAUGUAGAGCAAAUAAGCCAACUGUUAGCUCUAGUGGAAGCAGCAUUGAACUAUCAUAAAGAAUCCACUACAAUUCUGGAGGAGCUUCAUAACACACUACAGCACAGGAUAAGUACAGCCUCUAACCGCCCGAAGCGUGACUUCAAGCCCAAGCCUGUAGUCACCUCGUCUUUUGAGCCCAUUGACAACCAACAGCAAAAUGGUCUUCCAUACAGUUCUUCGUUUAAGUCAUCUGCCAAAUCAUCCCCAUUCAGGUUCCUUCGCAGGUCAAAGCAUACAUGUUCACCUUCUCCUUGCACGCAAUCGGAUCAGCCUUGCUGUAAAGCUCUUUAUGACUUUGAUCCUGAAAACGAGGGGGAACUUGGAUUCAAGGAAGGUGACGUCAUCAUUCUGACAAAUCAGAUUGACGAGAAUUGGUUUGAAGGCAUGCUAAAUGGUGAAUCUGGAUUCUUUCCCAUUAAUUAUGUUCAAGUGAUUGUGCCUUUGCCACAGUGAAAACCGCCUUUGAUCCAGUUUUGUAAAUUUUCGGAGGUCAACCCGUGUUGAAAGCCGAUUGAGCACAGACAUUUCAUCAGUGUGGCAUUCUGUGAAAGCCUUGCUAUUUGAUCGACUUUUGUAUAUGUCUCCUAUUUGUGUAUUUAUUUUUUUACAUGUUCCAUUUGUAUUGAGAAUGUUUACGUCAUUUGCUACAAGAGUAAUGCAAAUCUAACCUAUUUCUCCCAUGAAGUUUACAGUUUCUAAGUAUAUGGCUUUAUCUAUUUAACUUUAUUUGUCUGCUCUGAGCCUUCUCUUGCUGAUUACAAUGGAGAAAUUUUCUAUCUAGCUGUAAUGAAGAAUAUUCUUGAUACAGUUUAAUUAUUGUAGUUAUAAUUAACUGUUAUUAACUCCUUUUUAAGGUUCUGACAAAUGUUCUCUGGAGCCAUUUUAUUUGGCAGUGUAACUUAUUGUUAUGCAAAAAGAUGUCAUAAUAAAUGUGUGAACAAAAAAUGUAAAUUAAGUAACAUUAGCUUUUUUGUUGUGCAGCUUUUGUCAUAUGUAUUUGGAGUUUAUGUAUUUUGAUUAUUUGAGGGAAAAAAAGACUGAAAUGUACUUUUAUUCAGAAUUCAUCUAAGAGACACUGACUAUAUUUAAGAUCACAUACAAUGCUCUGGCUUUCUGCCCAGUUAACAGGAAAAACAACAGCAGAAUCUCACGGUAAGUGAAAAAGUCAAGAUCAUUAACGUGAGAGGGUAUUAUGAUGCUCAACAUUGAAGUACUGGUACUCAGUACCCCAGUGUAGAGAUUCAUUCCCCUAAUCUGCCCGAUUAGGUGUAGAUCCAAGUGAGUGAAAAAUUGGAGAUAAUUAACUUAAAAUUAAACUUGCCAAUAAAAAUGGAAUCAAAAUGC